AACUAUGAAUUUAUGGGGGGUAGGAAGAAUUAAAUCUCUCUGAAAAGCAUUCGGAAAGAGAAUGUUGCUCUCUCGUAACGCGGCUGGGAGAAAUUUCUCGUCAAGCAGGUUUUUGAGCAGGCCAGAGAGAGGAAUUCAGCAACAAAUUGAGAGUCGCCGUCCACAUGAUUUUAGUCAGCGAUGGGCUUUAAUCUACUUUUUAGUUUCCACCCGUUCGGUAGCGCCCGAUUAUUGUGUUUGUGUGCCUAAAAACCUGCUGUAUAUUUGGCCAAAGUGUGAUCCCAUGAGUAAGUAAGGAAAAUCAUUGGCAUAUCAACGGAGAGCUAGCUGACAAAGAGAGCGUAAGACCAGGAAAGAGACUAAUUGUAGACGAAGAGAGCCUAACUGUACAAAUGUACUCUGACGAUACAGAUGACCAGCCUGGUGAAGAUUCAUUUCACGGCACGUCCAAUACCCGUCGUGAAACCGAUGAAGACACAUCCAAUCCCUCCUCCGAUUCGCAGCGUGUCCGUAAUGUCCUGACCCUUGAGGAGCGAGUGGCGGUCAUCAGUCAAUAUGAUAUUUUGCCCAUGUAUAGCAAGAUAGCCCGAAACUUCAACUGCAGCUGGGAGCAGAUAAAAAAUAUAGUGUCCAACCGUGACUCCAUAAUGGAGUUCUAUGAGGUGACAAGUAAAUUAAGCCCCAAGCCCAUCAAAGAUGGAGACGUCCGGAAAAAUAAGCUGAGAUUCCUGGGUCACUGCCUAUAUGAGUAUAUCCAGAGAGCUCAGUACUAUCUGAACACCGAAAUCACCGAAGAAUUGAUUCGCAACAGGGCCCAAGACUUCCGAGAUCUCCUGAGGCUGGAGGGAUUUGUGCCGAGCAAAUCGUGGAUGAAUCACUUCAAAGCCAAGUUUAAUAUUACUCUCUCCAAUCGGCAAAUUACGAUAACCCGGCGGCCACCACGAUCGAUGAAUCUCAGGGAUAUAAUGUCAUACUGCGGACGUAAUAACUCCGUCGCCUGCACUUUGGCUCAAAGGUCACCGGAACCAAAUUCCGAAUCUUCAGCUUCAUCAUCUCAACGUGAUCGGCCAUUAUACCGCACUAAAACGUUAGUGGAAGCCUCUAGUCAAAAUCAGGCCACCUGCGACGAAGUCCUGAUGCGAAGGAGACGGAAAAUUAAUUUCCUUGAGAAGUGCCUCUACGAGUACACAGAACGAUGGCAGGUCCACAAACAGGGACGGGUCGACCUGGAUAACUUACGAACCGUGGCCAUUAAUUUGAAGGACAUCCUUAAGAUUGAAAACUUCUUUCCGGACAAGAAGUGGUUAAACCACUUUAAGAGUCACUACGGUUUCAAUUUUUCUGUGGGUGUACCAGCGUCUAAUAGGCGAGUGCCCUUGUCUCUGGAUCUCCGGGAUAUAGUCAGCUACUGUAGUAGACCCGAUGGCCAAAGGGUCACCUUAGCCAGUAAGGUAGCUCAGACUCCAGUCCCGACUGAGGACACAAACGACGGAAACAAGGAAAAAGAUGAAGAUGAUGAUGACUGUGUGGCGGUGGAUGUAAAACCGGAACUUAUAGAAAUCAAAGACGAGGACGACGAUGAGGAUGACAACCAGAUCUUAGCAAAAGCCGCCAAGCGAAAAAUGGAAGAUAAUACUGCUCCUUGCCCCUUAAAAAUACAAAAGAUUCAGUCUCUUCACAAAAGUGAUUUAAAUGAUGAAGUAAUUCCUCCUGCCCCCAGUCCUGGUCACUAUUCCGAAACUAGUGAAGAGGCCAACCUUCCAACUUGUGUCGAGAACUACAAAGAUGCACUUCGUCUGCUGAAGCCUUUAGAAGAAUUCGUUCUGUUGGAAGAAAAUUAUCGCGCCAUCGGUCUACUCACACAGUUGGAACAAAUUUUCGAGUCUAUGGCAAAGAAGGAGAAGUGAUUCAUUAUAUUGUUUUAUAUUUAACGUUUUAUUGUUUGAAAUUAGGCUGUAUCUAAAAAGUAAACAUAGAAUAGAAUAAAAUAAAGAAAAAAAUAUAUUAAAAUGAG